UAUGUAUUUACUUAAGGAACAUGCCAGGAACAACAUGGCUUUCUCUAUGAAUAAUGUGUCAUGGAUAAAGGUUUUUACUGUUGGGAGCCCAGUUUUAAGGCACACUAUAAUAUUUAGCGCUGAUGAAUCCCUUCACUGAUCUCUCCCAGCCUCCUCAGAUGGCAUGUGUCCAGAUAGCAGCAGUGGGGGUUGAAGUCGGGUGGUGUGAGUUGGUGGCGUGAUUCAUUGACCUUGGUACCUGUCAGCAAGGGGCCAACAGUUGUGUACCUACAGCGGGUGAAGACUAAUCCAGGUCCUAUGCUUGACAAGUUGAUGCACUGCUCUGUCAACAAAGAAGCUAAUACAAGAUGAGUGUCACAGAAGAUUUGGUUAUGAGUAAUGGUGUUGCAGUCGUGGACAGUAAUACUGAGAGCAUCCCUUCUCUAAAGGCACUGACGCUGUCAGACUGUAGGAACAGAAAGACCCACUCCUCUGUCAUCCUCAAUGGCAAAGCCCCGACAGCUGACCUCAGUGCAGCUUCAGAGAACCAGGACAAUGGAGGGACUGCUGAAGGACUUUCUCCAGAAGAGCCCAAGGCAGUUUCCUUGUUGACGGCCAGUGUGGCAACAACUCUGUCCCCAUCCGACCAGCUAUGGACCACCAGCAGAGACAAGGCAGUCAAGCUGAGGAUGGAGAGCUCAGGCCCGGCCUCGAGGACCCCCAUCACCAUCCAUCAAAUGUUCCUGGAGACUGUGGAGCAAUACCAGGACCAUCCAGCUCUGGUUUCCAAGAAAGACGGCCAGUGGGUGACCCUGACAUGGAGGCAAUACUACGAGCAGUGUCGGGCAGCUGCUAAAAGUUUUCUUAAGCUGGGGCUGCAGCGUUACUCUGGUGUGGGGAUUCUGGGAUUUAACUCCCCUGAGUGGUUCAUCUCAGACAUCGGAUGCAUCUUCGCUGGGGGUCUAGCAGCUGGCAUUUACACGACCAACUCUGCAGAGGCUUGUCAGUAUGUGGCUGCCAACUGUGAGGCCAACGUCUUUGUUGUGGAGAACCAGAAACAGCUCGACAAAAUCCUGCAGGUUAAACACCAGCUGCCUCAUCUGAAAGCCAUUGUCCAGUAUAAAGGAGAGCUGCAGAAGAAAGCACCAUUCCUGUAUACAUGGGCAGAGUUUAUGAAGCUCGGCGAGGACGUGCCCGAUGAGCAGCUGAAUACUGUGAUUGACAGUCUUCGAGCCAACGAGUGCUGUACUCUCAUCUAUACCUCUGGAACCACUGGCAACCCUAAAGGAGUCAUGUUGAGCCAUGACAAUCUGACAUGGACAGCAUAUAUAGGAUCAUCCAAGGUAAAUAUUAACUAUGCUGAGGAGGUGGUGGUCAGUUACCUACCGCUCAGCCAUGUGGCAGCCCAGAUGAUUGACCUGUGGGUUUCCCACUUUCACUACAAUGCCCAUUCAUUUUUCCAGGGCUCUUUGGUAACCACACUGAAAGAGGUUCGUCCAACUUGGUUCCUCGGGGUUCCUCGCGUGUGGGAGAAAAUGCAGGAGAAGAUGAAAGCUGUCGGUGCCAAGGCACCCCCAAUGAUGAGGAGAAUAUCAGACUGGGCCAAGUCCAUAGGGCUGCGAUACAACUACAGCGUCAUGACUGGGGAGAAUCUGGUGCCGUGGGGUUUCAUGCUGGCCAACAGUCUGGUCUUCAAGAGGGUGCGUGCUGCGCUUGGCUUAGACCGCUGCAGGUUCUGUCUCACAGGUGCUGCCCCCAUCACCAAAGACACUGUGGAGUACUUCAUGAGCCUGAACAUCCCUGUGACAGAAGCAUACGGCAUGAGCGAAAGCUCUGGCCCACACACCGUAGCCAUUAUUGGUGAAUACCGUGUUACAAGCUGUGGGAAGGCGUUGCCAGGCUGCAAGACAAAGCUGGUGAAUCCAGAUAAGGAUGGAAACGGAGAGGUCUGUUCCUGGGGUCGCAACAUCUUUAUGGGCUACCUGAACAUGCCCAAUGAAACAGCAGAAGCUCUCGACCAGGACGGCUGGCUGCACUCUGGAGACCUGGGAAAAUAUGACCAGCAGGGCUUCCUCUACAUCACAGGAAGGAUUAAAGAACUGAUCAUCACUGCCGGUGGAGAGAACAUCCCUCCUGUGCCUAUCGAGGAAGCACUGAAGGCUGAGGUGCCCAUCAUCAGUAACGCUAUGCUGAUUGGAGACAAACUCAAGUUCCUGUCCAUGCUGCUCACUCUCAAAUGUGUUGUGGAUGACAACAGUGAGCCCACAGAUGAGCUGAGCCCUGAAGUUCUGGACUUCUGCAAGCAGCACGGCGUCACAGCAACCAAGGUGUCAGAGGUCAUAGCCAUCAAGGAGCCAACAAUAUACAAAGCCAUUCAGGAUGGUCUGGAGCGCAUCAACACCAGAGCAAUGUCCAACGCCCAGAAGGUCCAGAAGUGGGUCAUUCUGGAGCGAGACUUCUCUGUCAGCGGAGGAGAACUGGGUCCCACCAUGAAAUUGAGGCGGCCCAUUGUUGUGAAGAUGUACCAAGAAAAAAUAAAUGGAAUGUAUACAGUGGCCACAGAAAAGCAGUAAACUGUACACUAGAUAAUAC